AUGCUCUCAAGGAGAGAUGCUCCUCUCGCGCCCCUGCUACCGAGAAAGGCACUCUCUCUGCUUGGAGGGAAUGCAUGCAUCAUACAUGGGGAGGCGAGACGCGUCGUCAUUGCGUCAUUUUACCCCAAUCCGGAGCGGGGUCCGGCCGGAGCUCCGGAUAUAGCCAAGGCAAUUGCCGCACGUUCGCUGGGCGGCGAUGGGGGGCGAACGUGCAGAGGUCUCGCUCGGCAAUACGCACUCAAGGGAUCUCAGAAGACACACGGUGAGGGAUCCCUUUGUGUCUCGCUCGGGCACGCCCCGUACGUCGCUUCCCGUCCUGGCUUCCAUGCUUCUUCACGACGGUCUUGCUUCUUAUCUACUAGCUUACUGGCUGAUGCCCCGAACAACUACCCCACCGAUCUCUCCAACGCGGACUCACCUCAAAGAAGACUACCUGACUUUCUCUACUCAUUUUCACGGCUUCAUCGAGGGUUCAGCUUGUUCAAGCGCAUCAUUCGCCACCCUCCUUGCACGAGCACAAUGCCCGUCUCUCAUUGGAGCGACACGACUCCCGGCUGGUCAGCUGGACAGCCCAGCCGCGUAGCGUACCCACAUGAUAUGAGCUACGAUCUGCCCUUCAUCGAUGAGCCUCGACCCUCCAGGAUUGACCCCUGGGUAUCAGAAAACAUUGAUAGGACGCGCGAGGGCUCUUUGCCGUGGAUGAACUUUCACUUCCCACCGACUCGCUCAUACCCCUCGAUUUCACAAGCGGUGCUGACUGACGCGGUCCGUGCGGCUGAUCACCAUGGGCCUGUUGCUUCCGCGCCAGACGGCUCCCGGGUGACUGGUGCGUCGGCUCAGGGGAUGGAACGGCCUGAUCUCACACCUGACUCCGAUACGGACCUUGACUACGAUUCUGAUGACCCGGACUGGAUCGCCUAUAUGGCAGACACCAAGACCGAGCAAGAUCCCAAGCUUGACUACAGUCGCGAUACCACAUCGUGUGGCUCAGAACUUGACCCCGAGGAAGUCUCGCAGUCCUCACCAGACCCCGUGAGCACGCCUUUAUCAGAGUCACCGACCGCGAAUACCUCUGUACCUAGUACUUCCAUUCGUCGUGGCCAGCUACGCAACGCCGACCUCAGGAAAAAAGCCAAGCUCCGGGAGCGUCAAGAAGUACUGAUGGGGCGAGGAGUAUGCCGCACGUCAUCGUCUCGGGCUCGGGACAUGCCCUUGACACUCGUGGACGAGUUGAUAGAUCUCACAGACUCAGCAGGACACAAGGAUUACAAGGGCUAUGCCAUCCACCAGAGCCGUACCCCGGAGGGGAAACGGACAUACUCAUUCCUCGAUCCGAAUGCGGCCCUCAAGGUCGCUAAGAAGAUCGUGCCUUUACUUUCCUUAAUAAGCCUACCUCGCAAAGCCUCAAGGCUUGCUCAGUUGAACGCAAUGAGAGCUGCUGUGUCAAGAUCUUCAACCAGCAGAUCUGACGUCGUGACCCCCACCACUUUGACAGCGGGAUCGGAGCCAAUGCGGACUCGCUUACCCAAUGCAUCGAAGGCCGACCAGCUUGAGCGGAACGGUCGUCGGCUUCGGAACCUUGCACGCGCGUACUUCAUACUCGAAGCUCGAGGAAUUCGACGGAUGCGGCGUGUUCAGUCGCAGCGUGUCCCUCGAGAGUUUCUGGACGCGCUCGUCACUCAAACAGACUCUGCGAAUCCGCAGUCUGCGGUCCCGGAAUAUUUGGGACUGGUCAUUCAUGACACCGCUGCUAGCAAACAUGCAUCGGAGCCGAUUCUGCUGGACUGGAGGGAGACUGUUUGGACUGAAGGAGAUGGAGAGAGCGUCUCGCUGCUGCGUCCGUGGAUGGAAAAAUACAGGUAA